AUGUUCCUGGAACCAUGUGGCCUGCUGACGCACCCAGUCUUGGCGAGUCUAAAUCGUGACGUGGACCGAGAGAAUGCUGCCAGGUUGUCACAACUUCCAGGUAGUGCACGGAUCCUGCGGUCGCAGGACCGGAUUCCCAAACGCGCCUCCGCCGCGCAGCGCGCCUCGCUGGACCGGAAGGUACCAGAAAGGCUGAGCUUGAAGGUGGGCGCACAGGUGAUCCACCUGUGUAACGAUCCUGCGAUGGGCCUUGUGAAUGGUCAUCGUGGGCGAGUGGAGGCCUUUGAAGGUGGAAAACCCGUUGUUCGCUUCGACAAUGGCAAGAGGAUAUGCAUUGGUGUCCACAAGUUUACGCAAGGACAAGGAUCAAAGAGCCUCGAGAGGUACCAGGUGCCCCUGAAACUGGGAUGGGCGCUCACUGUGCACAAGGCUCAAGGUAUGACCUUGACGCGCGCGGAGCUGCAGCUGGACAAUGUCUUUGAGGUGGGUCAGAGCUAUGUGGCGCUUUCUCGCUUGACUGGAACGGAGGGGCUAUGGAUCCGUGGCGCUCUGAAUUUGGAAUCUUCCUGCCGGGCUCAUCCGGAGGUGCUGAGAUACUACCAGGACGCCAAGCAACGCAGCCUUGCAGCCUGCCAAUCCACACCUGCCAUGAAGCCGAUUGAGCCUAAGCCUGUGAAGCCUGUGACGUCAGCGUCCAAGUGCUCUGGAAAGGCGGAACGAUGCAUGGUGGAGCCUGUUGAAGCUGCAGGGCGUGUUGUUGCAUCGCCAGGCCCACAUGGCAAGCGGCCACGGCCGGCUGCAACGUUGUUGGAACGAUUGUCCAAGAGGCAUUGCAAAGAAAAUGCCAAAGAAUCAUCAAAGCUUCUGGAGGCAAAGAAAAGUGAAUCGCAACACACUGACAAGUGGGUGACUCCAUUGCAUUGCAAAGAAAAUGCCAAAGAAUCAUCAAAGCUUCUGGAGGCAAAGAAAAGUGAAUCGCAACACACUGACAAGUGGGUGACUCCAUUGCAUUGCAAAGAAAAUGCCAAAGAAUCAUCAAAGCUUCUGGAGGCAAAGAAAAGUGAAUCGCAACACACUGACAAGUGGGUGACUCCAUUGAAGCAUUGGUGCGAUCCGAUUGAAAUAGAUUAAUUCAACGAGAUUGAAUUGAAGAAUG